GUCACUCCUUACAACUUCACAUUCCACACUUGACAUUGUUUGUGGGGGUAAAUAGAUUAAUUCAUGGUGAAAUUGAAGAUUGGGGGAAUGUGGAUCGGGAUUCUAGAGGUGGAACUUGAGACAUGGUCGAUCCGUAUGUUAAGGGAAGAGGUUGCCAAACGAUCAAAUUGCAACCCUAACUCUGUCAAUUUGAUAUGCGCUGGCAAGAUUCUCAAGGAUGGUGAUGGUCAACACAAUUUGACCCAAUUAGGUAUCAAGAAUAACGCCAAGAUUCUUGCCACUCGUAUCUGUGUCGAACAAGGCAAAGCUAUCAAACAAGAGAUCAUGGCCGAGGAAGAACACUCUCACAAACUUGCUAGGGUCAAGGCAGCUGCCAUUGCAGUGGCCAAAAGGCAUGUAGAUGAUCUAUUACCUAUCGAAAACUUCACCACAGAAGUUGAAGGUCAAAUGGGGAAGAAAAUAAAAUUAGCCUCCGAGACUGAUCAUCAGAGGGCCAUAAUGACGGGAUUGGUGUUAGAGGCAAAUGGAAAGCGUCUAAUUCGACAGGGAAAGUAUAAAGAUGCAUUAGAAGUUCUAAGCAUGGCAGAGGAAACAUUCUCUCUUUGUGAUGAUUCUGACACCCUUGAGCUUAUUGACAUCAUUCCGAUAAUGCAAAUAAACAUGGUGUGGUGCUACUUUAUGAUGCAAGACAUCAGUUCGUUAUCAGAGGCAGGAAAACUUCUUGCAAAGGCUAGGGAAGGACUUGAAGAUGCUUAUGGGAAGCAUGCUCUACGCGCCAGACUUUUAAAAAGUGGUUGCUUUCUAGAACUUGCAUGGCAUUUGAGACUGGAGCUGCUCGAAGGAGUGGUGGCCUAUUAUAGUGGUCAAUUGGAUACAGCAAGAGAAGCACUGCUUUCUGCACAAGCAAAAUUUGAAAAGUUGCAAGUAUCUGAUGAAGAUCUGUCGCUCGUAAUGAGCAUGGGCUUCACCAAAUGUGAUGCCAAGAGGGCAUUGAAAAUGAAUCUACAAAACAUUCAAGCUGCAGUCAAUUUCCUGAUUGAGGAAAAUGCAGAAAAAGAUCAAAAGCAGAAGGAAAGAGAAAGUGAAAUCCGGAAGCAGAAACCUGUAGAUCUACAAAGAUUGAACGAGCUGGAAUCUGUUGGGUUUGAGAAGGACAUUGCAGCUGAAGCUCUCCGAAGAAACGGAAAUGUUUUUCAGAAAGCGCUGAAUGAUUUGACACAUCCAGAAACUUUUUCUGCUUUACAGGCUUAUAUCGAGUCAGAGAAAGGGAAGAUAGUUGAAGAGAUAAGAACUUCUGCAGCUCUUGCUGCUACUGAGGCUGACCCCAACAUAAUACAAUUUGAAACAAUGGGAGGAAGAAUGACGACAGCACGUGUGAGUCGUGUGACAGACGCCAACAUGCAACGUGAAGUAAAUCCAAGUGGCGGUGCAAGUUCAUCAUCCUCUUCUUUACCACCUCAGAUUAAUGCUUUUGUUUGUGAUCUUCAAGAUCCAUCUAAUAAGAGUGAAGCACAAAAGAGAGAUGUAGAGAUGGAAGAUGAACUUUCUGCAGAUAUAGCUGAAUCAUCAGAUGCUUUGGCUGACUAUGACAUCGAAGUGGACAUAGAAGGGGCAGCUAUAACUGAGUACUUGUCUUUGGUGGAGACAGCAGCAGGUGGCAGAAGGAAAGAGGAAGAAGAAAACUAUUCUGUUGAGUGAUUAUCUUUUUGUUAAUGUAAUAAGCAACAUGGUAUAUGAUACUUUUGAUCACUUGGUGGGUGAUUUAUGACAGGGGAAUGGAGCCUUGAAAACUUUUUUUUUUUAUAAUAAUUUUGUGAAACCUGGAAGCUCAUUUGAUCCAACUCAUUUGAGAAUUAAGAUAA